CAUGGCGACAUCCAUUGUGCGAAGCAACAGGGAGGGACCUAAACGGUAAGUUAAUUACAUUUUAAGAAAAAUAGGUUAUCUAUAUAAAUCGUGUUCUGCACGCUAUCUGCCAGUGCCACAUUUUGAAUUUUAUUCAUGGUUUUGUAAGUAUAUUUCUAGUAUACUGUAUAACUAUAAUUUCUCUCUUCUCUGCUUUCUCUCAUUUGUGACAGACCGGACUUUUCAAAUGUGGGUUGUUAUUUUCCAACAAAGGUCAUUGUGAAAUCGAGUCACUGUCAGCAUCAUAUGUCAAGUGUCACUUAGUGAUUUGAAAAAGCAUUGAACACUGAAUGCAACAUGCUGGUGUCAUGAAAACACUAUCUACAUGGUACCAAUUCAGCACACACAGUUUUACUCCACUUUUACUCUGCACUGAUGUCUGUUGGGUUACAGUUAGGUGGGUCUCUCCUCACACAAAGACUGGUGCGGAUAUGUGUCACCUGCAUUGGCCAGCAGGGAUACAGGCAGCUCCAUCCCAAAAGUCAACUCCCUAGAUGUACACUGUACAUAAGGAGCUUCGGGACUGAUCCUAAGGGGGAGAAAGGGGAAAAUGAGAAUGGGAGCAAAACAACAGACAACCCUGACUCCUCACCCCAGACUCUAACCCCUAUGCACACCCUGGGAAGAAGUUUGUUUGGUAAAAGGCGACCCCUCUCGCCCUUGGAGAGGAUUAACCGCCUUUUGCCCCAGGACUCCAUAGCCCCAGAGGUGUUGCAGCUGAGAGAGGAGAACCAGGAAGUGGAACAGAGGGAAUCCGAUGGGGUUGGGGUUCAAAAAGACCACAAGACCCACAGCUCACAAGGAGAAGUAGAAAGUGCAGAGCAAGAGGUGCACAUAGGACAUGACACAGUUCGAGCGAGAGAAGAAAAAGAGGAGGGUACUGUCAUUGAUAACACAGUACUAGAGCCAAAUGGUUGCCCGAUUCUCAGAGAGGGAACAAAGUCUUCGCAAGAGGAGGGAUACGUGACUCCUAUGACGCCCACCCUUCUUCCCGGGGAGCAUUUACUCACUUUCGGGGAACUACUUUUGGCAGAGUACCGGAAGAAAGGCCGCGUGGAGUUUAGGAAGAUGUUUCAGCUGCAGGAUGGGCAACGUCUCCAGAGCAGUUGGGGCACCAUCGGGCACAGUGACAUUGCCGGCCGCCACGCGGGAGACUUCAUUCGGACCAUCCACGGGACACCCAUCCUUAUACGCCGGCCCAACCUGGAGGAAUACGUGCUGUAUAUGAAGAGGGGGCCGGCAAUCGCCUAUCCAAAGGUAUUGUAUGUAGUAUAUGCUCCUGUCUGGUACUGGAAGAGACAGAACUUUGUUUUCCCAGAAUACAUCAUGCUACUGAGCAGUAUCAUUGUUACUUAUGGGGAAGGCCUGCAGUGCUAUCACAAGCCCAAUUGUAUAGUCUUGACUGUGUUGGCUUGGCUUGUGGAAUCAAACAUGACAUGAUUUGAUAUCAGAGAUUAGACUUUGGUAACUGCAUAAUACAGCUGUAAAAUACAUACUUAGCUACAACAGGUAAUUGUAGGAAAGACUUAUAUCCUAUGAGUUUUUCUGUCUCUCUUUCACUUUCGCACUCUCUCUUCCUCUCUCUCCAGGAUGCCAGUACAAUGCUGAUGAUGAUGGAUGUCACAGAGGGAGACUGUGUGUUGGAGUCAGGCUCCGGGUCGGGGGCCAUGUCACUUUUCCUGUCCCGAGCUGGUUUGUAUAUUUCUUUAUUUAUCACGUGUUUGCUAUGAGUGAUGAUGAGUGAAAGUGGACAGAUGCUUGUGUGGCUGGUUGUCAUACAAUACAGGGGAAAGUUAAACUGCAUCCAUAUUCUAAGCCUUCACUAGAAGAAAUCAGAAAGCCUUAAUCUCAAAAUGAAUAAUCCAAGAUUGGCAAUUUUGGGUGUCCCCGAUACCCCUCUUUCUUGUCUUGGUCCUGUGUGGCUCAGUCGGUAAGAGCAUAGCGUUUGCAACGCCAGGGGUUGUGGGUUCGAUUCCUGCUUGGGCCAACCAAGUCGCUUGGAUAAGGGUGUUCUCACAUAUAGUCCUCUUUAAAAUAACUUAUCUCAGUCCUCUUUAAAGUGAACUGGGGUAUAAAAAAAGCAAAAUAACUCAGUUCUCUUUGUAUUCACACUGCCCUUGCCUUUGAAUGAGGACUCAGCUCUUUUGCCAGUUCACUUCAACUAUUUUGUGGACUGAGUCCUCUCACGUUGCUAUGUUUAGAAAGGAACCAAGAUCUGUUUCCAACAUGCACCCUGGGUUUUCACAAAGUGCAGGACAAGCCAUUCAAUCAGAAUGUGUUAUCAGACAGCUAGAUAUACCUACUUACAUUUAGGAAGCAAAUCACAUUUUAUUGGUUGCAUACACAUGUUUAGCAGAUGUUAUUGCGGGUGUAGCGAAAUGCUUGUGUUCCUAGCUCCAACAGUGCAGUAAUAUCUAACAAUACACAACAAUACACACACAUCUAAAAGUAAAAGAAUGGAAUUAAGAAAUAUAGAAAUAUUAGGAUGAGCAAUGUCAGUGUCCGGAGGAUAAAUAUACACUACCGGUAAAAGACCAAGUCCAUAUUAUGGCAAGAACAGCUCAAAUAAGUAAAGGAAACAACAGUCCAUCAUUACUUUAAGACAUGAAGGUCAGUCAAUACGGAACAUUUCAAGAACUUUGAAAGUUUCUUCAAGUGCAGUCGCAAAAACCAUCAAGCGCUAUGAUGAAACUGGGUCUCAUGAGGACCGCCACAGGAAUGGAAGACCCAGAGUUCAUUAGAGUUACCAGCCUCAGAAAUUGCAGCCCAAAUAAAUGCUUUACAGAGUUCAAGUAACAGACACAUCUCAACAUCAACUGUUCAGAGGAGACUGUGUGAAUCAGGCCUUCAUGGUCAAAUUGCUGCAAAGAAACCACUACUAAAGGACACCAAUAAGAUGAAGAGACUUGCUUGGGCCAAAUUUGAGAUGUUUGGUUCCAACCGCUGUGUCUUUGUGAGAUGUGGUGUGGGUGAACGGAUGAUCUCUGCAUAUGUAUUUCCCACCGUAAAGCAUGGAGGAGGAGAUGUUAUGGUGUGGGUUGCUUUGCUGGUGACACUGUCUGUGAUUAAUUUCAAAUUCAAGGCACACUUAACCAGCAUGGCUACCACAGCAUUCAGCAGUGAUACGCCAUCCCAUCUGGUUUGGGCUUAGUGGGACUAUCAUUCGUUUUUCAACAGGACAAUGACCCAACACACCUCCAGGCUGUGUAAGGGCUAUUUUACCAAGAAGGAGAGUGAUGGAGUGCUGCAUUAGAUGACCUGGCCUCCACAAACCCCCGACCUCAACCCAAUUGAGAUGGUUUGGGAUGAGUCGGACGGCAGAGUGAAGGAAAAGCAGCCAACAAGUGCUCAGCAUAUGUGGGAACUCCUUCAAGACUGUUGGAAAAGCAUUCCAGGUGACUCUGGUUGAGAGAAUGCCAAGAGUGUGCAAAGCUGUCAUCAAGGCAAAGGGUGGCUAUUUGAAGAAUCUCAAAUAUAAAAUAUACUUUGAUUUGUUUAACACUUUUUGAUUCCGUAUGUGUUAUUUCAUAGUUUUGAUGUCUUCACUAUUAUUAUACAAUGUAGAAAAUAUUACAAAUAAAGAAAAACCCUUGAAUGAGUAGGUGUGUCCAAACUUUUGACUGGUACUGUAUAUGUGUGUGAUGGGAUGUAUAGACAUUAUGGACAGUAUGUGUAUAUAGUAUAUCUGAAGAAUACGUGGAUAGAAUAGUAUACAGUAUGUACAGCAAUAGCUGAAUCGGAUGGACUAGAAUACAGAAUAUACAGAUGAAAUGGGUAAAACAGUAUGUAAACAUUAUUCAAGUGACCAGUGUUCCAUGUCUAUGUACAUAGGGCAGCAGCCUCUAAGGUGCAGGGAUGAGUAACCGGGUGAUAGCCGGCUAGUGACAGUGACUAAGUUCAGGGCAGGGUACUGGGUGGAGGCCGGCUAGUGAUGGCUAUUUAACAGUCUGAUGGCCUUGAGAUAGAAGCAGUUUUUCAGACUCUCUGUCCCAGUUUUGAUGCAGCUAUACUGACCUCGCCUUCUGGAUGAUAGCGGGUGAACAGGCUGUGGCUCGGGUUGCUGAGGUCCUUGAUGAUCUUCUUGGCCUUCCUGUGACAUCGGGUGCUGUAGAUGUCCUGAAGGGCAGUGUGCUCCCGGUGAUGCAUUGUGCUGACCGCACCACCCUCUGGAGAGCCCUGCGGUUGCGGACGGUGCAGUUGCCGUACCAGGCGGUGAUACAGCCUGACAGGAUGCUCUCAAUGGUGCAUCUGUAAAUGUUUGUGAGGGUCUUAGGGGCCAAGCCACAUUUCUUCAGCCUCCUGAGGUUGAAGAGGGGCUUUUUGCGCCACCUUCACCACGUUGUCUGUGUGAGUGGACCAUUUUAGAUUCAGUGAUGUGUACGCCAAGGAACUUGAAACUUUUCACCUUCUCCACUGCGGCCCCGUGGAUGGGGGCGUGCUCCCUCUGCUGUCUCCUGAAGUCCACGAUCAGCUCCUUUGUUUUGUUGACGUUGAGGGAGUGGUUAUUUUCCUGGCACCACUCUGCUAAUUGAUUGCUUUUAAUUAAAAUAUGAGACAUAAUAAUUGUAAUCAGAAGAUACUAUUAACCUGUACAUUUGAUUGCUAACAGAGUAAAUAGCAGAAUAAAUAAUGCUGUAAUUGAAAAUUGUACACCCAAGGUAGGCUACUGCCUCUUUAAGGACUAGAAUAGGGUACAAAAUCUAUGUUGUGAUUCUCACCAAAUAGGUUGUCUUCUCACACUAUUCAAACCCACAAUCAAUAAACAGCUUAUGAAGCUAUCUUAGCCUAUAGAUCACAUAUUGCAAACAAAUAAUCUGAACUAAAACCUCCACAAAUGUUGGAAUUUCUGUGCGUCCUUGACCAUCGCUAAUCAAUAUCCAAAAACAGCACACAUUUUCCCAGCAAACCUGCACAUCAUCUUCUCUCUUUUGUGGCACCAAUGUGAGGGUUUAUGGCAAGGGAAAUGGUGUUGCAGUAGUCUAGUGUGUGGUGUGGGAAUAAUGACAAGCAAACCUGGGGAGCUUUGGUUUCACUUUGCCCUAAAAAAGGGAACCGGACUGCGGAAUUCAAGCGAACCGAACUCAGACCACCUCUCGAGAUGGUCUCAGUUUGGUUCACUUCGAGGUUCUUUUGAGGGGUCUGAGUUACUUUGGAGUUUUCACACUGCACGAAAAAUUAAACUAACCGCACUGAGUUCACAAAAAUUGGCUGAAAGGGACCAAGUGUGAAAACACCGUAAAAGUCUCUGCUAAAUAGCAUGUAUUAUUAUUAUUAUUAUUAUUAUUAUUAUUAUUAUUAUUAUAUUAUUAUUGUUCUCCCCAGUGGGCUCCAAGGGCAGCGUUAUGAGUGUGGAAAGCAGGGAGGACCACCACAGACGAGCCGUGCUCAACUACAACCGCUGGCGUUCCUCCUGGAUCCUGCGGCGAGGAGAGGAAUGGCCCGACAACGUCCAGUUUCUGAACGCUGACCUGCAGGGGGCAUCCUUGCUCCUUGCCGGGCGAGGCUUUCACUCUGUAAGGAUAUGUCUCUUUCGCUUGUAAUUGAGUGCAUGUCAUUUAUCGUUUUUUAUUGAGCAAUUCUGUAUACUGGUGUAUUUUUGUAUAAUUACCUUUUUUUGCAGUGUAAGGCAAAUCUCCUUGGAAAUCUUAUAGUUUAUGAUAGGACAUACAGAGAAAUAGAGGGGUAGAAGUAGGACUUCUGGGGGCAUAGACCGAGUGGCCGCGACGGGGCUCGAACCCCCGUCACCAUGGGGGUAUGUGUGGUCAGGAUUCGGGAGCAUUACUGCUGCACCAGACUCCGGCACUAAUCAUGGUUUUCAACCCAGGAGUUGAAUCUGUGUCCGGGAAACCGUCCCUUGACCAGUCACUUGAAAGACAAACCUUCAGAAACUUCAAAGUUGUGUGUGUGUGUGUGUGUGUGUUUCAGAUUGCUCUGGAUAUGGUAAGCCCUCAUUUGGUUUUGCCCACUGUGACUCCACAUCUCCAUCCCGGAGCAGUUUGUGCUGUCUACCUAGCCAAGUGAGUAACCUCGACCCGUCCAUAAACAACCCCUAGCCCAUACCCCAUAAACACUGCAUACACCUGUCCAAUCCUCUCAGAUCUCCACAAGUGUCUAAGGGGUUAGGGGCUAGAGGUUAUUUCUGGUCAGGGCCCUCAUUUCCUCAUAUACUUUACAUGUCUCCUUCACUCUCUCUACUGUGUGAUUCAGUAUAACGCAGGUCAUUGAUCUACUGGAGGGACUCCGAUGGUCUGCCCUCCCCAUGCUGUGUGAACGCAUCAUCGAAGUGCAGCUCAGGGAUUGGCUGUUGGCCCCGGCAAUCCAGAAAGAUGGGCGGUUCUGCCGCAGGAAAGCCCCUCCCUCAGCGAGAAGCCAGGAGGAAGAGGAGAAAGGAGAGAAUGACAAAUCAGAUGAAAAAAAAGGUGAUUUCUUGUUCAAAUCAUCUGGUCACAUGGGGGUGCUUGGGUUACCUUGGAUGUCAUAAUGUCUGUCUAAACUAAAGGCAAUUAUAAUAAUAUCCUGCUGCCGUUGCAUUAUAUGGUUCCCUUUGACAGAAAUGUGUUAUUUUGACCCUGUCUUUUCACGUGAUAUUUUCAGAAGGCACAAGAUCACUGACUUUUUCUAAAUAAAAGUCCUCUAUUUAGUAAUAUUGUGUUACACCACACUUUUUGUUAUUCUUUCAGAAUACACCAGCAGUCCGGAACCCGCACCAUAUGGGAGUGUCCCUUACAUUGCUCGACCUCACCCGGAGCAAGCUAGCCACACAGGUCAGUGUCAAUAACCACGUUUCCAUCCAGUUUUUAUGCGAGUAAAGUCAUAUUGUAUGACAUUACAUCAUGACAGGUGUGAUGGAAACACUGUGUCGGUACAAUUUCACAAAUGUCGAUAGUCAUUUAGCCGAGUAUACCGGUCUACUUUUAAUGGUGGUUAAGUGAUGAGCUUGAUGCAAAUUACCAAUAAAUAUUGAGGGUAUUAUUUGAAUGCUAAUGACAUGAUCAAUGCCUGGCUGCCAAUUAUCAAAUAAAAAAUAUUGCUCUUAUCCAGAUCUCAUCAUAACCAACCCUUAACACUUUACCAGCAAACCGUUGUCUAGAUUAGAGCGCAUGCGCCAAACCCAGAUUGGGCAAGUUUGACAUUUAUCGGAACAGUUUGUGUGACAAAACCAUUGGUAGAGUGGAAAAUACAAUGGAAACACGUUGAACUUGUUUUUUAUUCGGUACUUGAAAAUGUAAGCGCAAAGUGUUUGUGCCCCACAUCGUCACGCACAGCCUUUUAUCUGCAACAAGUCUGUUUGAUGGAAACACCCCUAUUAUGGGAAAAUGUGCAUGAAAAUGUUGCAAAUUGGAUGGAAACCUAACUAAUGAUGCCACUGAAAGUGCAACAUUGCCUAUUCGAUGUGGGGUCUGUUCAGAAGGGUUCAACGUAAAAAAAAAUCAUUGAUAGAAAUGCUUUUUGUAGAACAGAUGAUUCUGUCAUGCAGAAUCGGGCAGCUCUAUUCAUUACAUUUUUAUCUGCUACAUUCUGAAUGAUUAUCUCUGAAUACAUCCACGGUAUUGUCUUGUUCACUGUGACAUUUUGUCCUUUCAGCGUUCCUGGUGAAACUGAGGAAGAGUCAGGGGUAGCUAGCCUCCUUCCUCGCAUGUGAAGACUCAUGAGAAGAGCGAUUUGGAUAUUUUCUAUUAAUCAAUAAAUGUGAGUUGCCUUGUCUGAGAACAUUUUGGGUGAUUUGGUACUGCAGAGGAAAAUGUAGUGGUUUAGUUGUCCUAAAAUCAGUUGAGAUAUAAUAGAAAUUCAUACUGCUUGACAACACUUCAAAUAUAAAGACUAAAUAAAACACCAAACUAAUGGGGACAUAAGAAGCCUUUAUUGAAAUGCCAUUUGACUGGCACCUUAGUAUCACAGAACAACCCCAUUGGCCAAUAAAGCCUUCACUCAUGGAUCAAAUGCUGUACAUAUCCAUCCAGCAGAUUUACAUUUAAGGAAUUGGUCAAGUUUGCCACAAGUCCAUUACAGGAUCCAAAUAUUCAACCAAUGUGCCCACCACUAACUGUGCAAGACCUUGAAGUGCUCCAGCAAAUAAAUAAACAAGUGUUUUGAGUGAUUAAUCAAUUAUAUGUUAAAUCAAGUGUGUGCACCUUAAAG